CUUGAGGCAGAAGAUACAUUACACUCAGUAAUGGAGCAGAACAACAACAAUGUAGAAGAUUUCUCCUUGAAUGUCUUUUCUGUCACUCCUUAUCAGCCAAACAGAUCCGAUGCCCUGGUGUCAGAUGGGGAUAAAGCUGGUGCCACUUUGCUCUUUUCAGGUGUGUUUUUGGGACUGGUGGGGAUCACUUUCACUGUGAUGGGAUGGAUAAAAUACGACGGCAUUACUCACCUGGAGUGGACUCAGUUACUAGGGCCUAUUCUGCUGUCUGUUGGAGUAACUUUUAUUCUGAUUGCUGUUUGUAAAUUUAACAUGCUUACAUGCAAGCCCUGUAAAGAAAGAGAGGAAAAUACAUCAGACCUUGACCAGACCACCAGCGGACAGUCCUUUGUCUUCACCGGCAUUAACCAGCCUAUAACUUUUCACGGUGCCACGGUGGUACAGUACAUCCCUCCGCCAUACCCACCCCAGGAAGGCAUUGCUGUGAGUCCUGGCUACCUUCACCCGGUACUCAGCUGCUGCGGUGCUGCUUCCUCCAGCACCUCACCGAUUCCCACUCCGGGCUCCUCUCACUUCUGCCCUGCCUACCCCCUGGAUAAUCCAGCUUUUACUGGAGAUGAGAACUACACUACUUAUCCUGCAGAGAAUACCAGGUAUCAGAGGUCAGAUGACAGUUCUGAUGAACCAGAACCGCUGGAAGUCUAUGCCUGUGAUGACUUGUCACCUCCACGUUAUGAGGAGCUAUACCCACUGUCUUCAUAAAAUAACCACAGACAACAGAUGACAAUUUUAAGAGACACCAGCUUUUUAAUCCCAAGAAUCUUUUUCUUUAAACACUUGCGUGAUAAGUGAAUGUGAGCAAGGUCUUGUUACUGAUACACAGUUUAGUAUCACUGAAGAUAUUUAACCAAUCCCUUAUUUUUUUGCCUCAAAAUUCAUUAGCCUUUUGCUAUGCAGUUUAAUAGCAGAGCUAUUAAUUAUUUGAUGCCAAAACUAUUAAUACCAAAGCUAUAAACUCAAGGUUCUAAACCCAUAUUAGAGUUGCCAAAAAAGAAGCCCGAUUUUCAGACUUGCUGAAACCAGUGUG